GAUGGCAGACGCGGGCCGGCGGUGGUGCUGCGGACGCUACGCGCACCCUCGUUCGUCCAGCGUACUGGGAACAUCAAGAGAUGACUUUAGCCCAGAGAAGUUAGCCACCUGCUUGAAAGAUGCCCUGUUUGGUUACACAGCCUCUGCAGAUUUCAUAAUCUACAUUUUGGCCAUUCAUUCUCAUAAGCAAUGCCAGGCCAUCUGCAGACAUUAUCAUCUGCUGACUGCUCAGAAAAAGUUUGCAGAUAUAGCCACCUUUAUAGAACUUCUGGGUGCGCAGAAUAAUUAUAACAUGCAAAAGAUCAAGGAGAUUUUCUACAAGAUGUAUAGGUGUGAACUAGAUGAUGCAGCAGAGAAGGAAGUGCACGGCCAUUUUCAGAAGAUAAUUGCUUUAUUGCUGAAGACAGACAGAGAUGAAUCAUUUAAAGUAGAUCAUCAGAAAGUUGAAGAAGAUGCCAAGGUUCUAAGAGCAGCUGGAGUUGGGAUUAAGUAUGCCUCAGAUGCAGCAGUAUUGUUCACCUUCCUUAAUAGUCGAAGCUACAGUCACCUUAAAAAAAUGUUUGAAGCAUAUCAUAGAUUAACUGGGAAGACCAUUCAAGAAAAAAUAAAAAAUGAGUUUGUGACAGAAUGUUUCCAACAUGCCCUAGUGCUAUACGUGAACAUCAUAGAAGAUCCACUUGCCUUUUAUGCAGAAGAAAUAUACAAAUGUCUUCACAAUGAAGAGGAUCAAUAUGAGAAAUUAAUAAGAAUUUUUGUAUUGAGAUUAGAGGUUGACCUUGCAGACAUAAACAAUGUAUAUUUUCAUUUGUAUGGUGAAACUUUAGGAUCAGCUAUGACGAAAUUUGGGUCCGGUGGUUAUAACAUCCUAAAAUAUAUGUUAAGAGAAUUUACUUAG